ACGGGACCGGGGCGGUGGGAGAUCGCGCUCGCUCCCUCGCUGGUGGUUCGGCCGGCUCGUACGCGGCGUGGCGCAACAUGGCGGAUGCGGAAGUAGUUAUUUUGCCAAAGAAGCAUAAGAAGAAAAAGGACCGAAAGUCAUUGUCAGAAGAAGAUGUAGCCGAAAUACAACAUGCUGAAGACUUUCUUAUCAAACCUGAAUCCAAAGUGGCUCAGUUGGACACGUCUCAGUGGCCCCUGUUGCUAAAGAAUUUUGAUAAGCUAAAUGUAAGGACAACACACUAUACACCUCUUCUUUGUGGUUCAAAUCCUCUGAAGAGGGAGAUUGGGGAUUAUAUCAGGACAGGUUUCAUUAAUCUUGACAAGCCCUCCAACCCCUCUUCCCAUGAAGUGGUAGCCUGGAUUCGACGAAUACUUCGGGUGGAGAAGACUGGACAUAGUGGUACUCUGGAUCCCAAGGUGACUGGCUGUUUAAUCGUGUGCAUAGAACGAGCCACUCGCUUGGUGAAGUCACAGCAGAGUGCAGGCAAAGAGUAUGUGGGAAUUGUCCGGCUGCACAAUGCUAUUGAAGGGGGGACCCAGCUUUCUAGGGCCCUAGAAACUCUGACUGGCGCCCUAUUCCAGCGACCCCCACUUAUUGCUGCAGUAAAGAGGCAGCUCCGAGUGAGGACCAUCUACGAGAGCAAGAUGAUCGAGUACGAUCCUGAAAGAAGAUUAGGAAUCUUUUGGGUGAGUUGUGAGGCCGGCACCUACAUUCGGACGCUGUGUGUGCACCUCGGUUUGUUGUUGGGAGUUGGUGGUCAGAUGCAGGAACUUCGGAGGGUUCGUUCUGGAGUCAUGAGUGAAAAGGACCACAUGGUGACAAUGCACGAUGUGCUGGAUGCUCAGUGGUUGUAUGAUAACCACAAGGACGAGACUUACCUGCGGCGAGUCAUUUACCCUUUGGAAAAGCUGCUGACGUCUCAUAAACGGCUAGUUAUGAAAGACAGUGCAGUGAAUGCGAUCUGCUAUGGGGCCAAGAUUAUGCUUCCAGGUGUUCUCCGAUACGAGGAUGGCAUUGAGGUCAAUCAGGAGAUUGUGGUCAUCACAACCAAAGGGGAAGCAAUCUGCAUAGCCAUUGCAUUAAUGACCACAGCAGUGAUCUCUACCUGUGACCAUGGUAUAGUAGCCAAGAUCAAGAGAGUGAUCAUGGAGAGAGACACCUACCCUCGGAAGUGGGGUUUAGGUCCAAAGGCAAGUCAGAAGAGGCUGAUGAUCAAGCAGGGCCUUCUAGACAAGCACGGCAAGCCCACGGACAGCACGCCUGCCAGCUGGAAGCAGGAGUAUGUUGACUACAGCGAGUCUGCCAAGAGAGAGGUGGUUGCUGAAGCAGUGAAAGCCCCGCAGGUGGUUGCCGAAGUGGUAAAAGCUCCAAAGCGGAAGCGAGAGAGUGAGAGCGAAAGUGACGAUGCCCCUCCAGCAGCUCCUCAGGUGGUCCAGAAGGAAAAGAAGAAGAGGAAGAAGGACAAGAAGGCCAGGGCUGCUGUGCCGAGCGGGCCCAAGCCCGGCGGGGACGGGGACAGUGACACCACCAAAAAGAAGAAGAAGAAGAAGAAAGCGAAAGUGGCAGAGUGAUCUGAUCUGAGUGACGAAAGAGGCAGGUCUGGUGCCAUCUGCUUCUGUGCUCGAGUGGGGAAGCCUCGCCUUCAGACCAAGCACUGCCCAGGAACGUCUGCGGCUGUUCGCCGACGGCCACCUGAACAACAUCACAGUCCUCUCCUGCUGUGUUUUUUUUUUUUUUUAAAACCCUCUGUCUAAAACGUUUGUAAAAAGUGUCUGUUCAAUGAAAGGGUAGAGAGCCCUGAACAGGUGACAAAAGGGUAUAACCGAACCAAGCGGUUGACUGGGGAAAAGCUUGUCUCUGAUGUCCUGUGAGGACACUGUUACAUCCUGCUGUCCGGGUGCAGUCCCACCAGGCCUCUAUGCCCUGCCUCAAAGCUUGUACGCACAGCAGCGUCCACCUAAGUCCAUCUGGCUUCUUGUGUCUGUGACAAGCUGAACCGUUCUUAUACCCUCUUGUUUUCUUCUAAACAAUGGAAUUGCUCAUUUCUGGGAGAAUGUUGUAAUUUUUAAUUAUUAAAGUUGACUCAUUAUGUUUUUUAAGUAUUUCUGUUGGUUUUCUAAUUGUUAGUGAUCUCAAAAUAGCAGAGCAAAAAAUAUAAAAUAUUUUCAUUAAAAAUAUGAGACCUUUA